CCACUCUUAGUUUUUACAGUGAUAUGCUUUCGAAUGCUUUUUAUGAUGUUUUAAACCUAUUCUACUACUGCGAAUAGUGGUCUGCUUCGUGCAGUGCCCACUUGUUGUUGUUUUGGUUGUUUUUGCGUACUGCUAGCUCAUGUUCUUACCCCCUCUACACUACACAGGCACGGCUUCCUCACAAGCUUCUCGUGAUCAGGAAUCACAAUCCGGUGACGACAUUGCUCUUGAGAUUGACCCUCUUUGGUAUGACUUCUUUCCCGAUACUGAAGCCGAACCAUCGUCAACCCUCUACGCAGAGUUCUCUGCUACAAAGUGUUUUUGUAGCACCACGCAUUACUACACGGGCACGGCUUCCAAGCUUCUCCCGCUCACCUCACAGCCUGCUCCCGGUCAGGAAAUGUCUUACGAAGAACUGAAAUACACCGCAUACUUGGACCGAUCGGACGAAGAAAGCAGCAAGAAAGACUACGUGAAAUGGUCUAAAACUUCGAUACUUGGCAUGCACCACUACAUGACCAUAGACGACACGCCAGCGGCGUGGAGGGCCUAUUAUAGGCACAGAAACUACCUCAAAUCCUGGAACUUUCCGUCUGACCGUGCUUCAGUACAAUAUGAAGAUGAGGAUGAAAUUGACCCCACUUACUACAAGCACCCGCAAUCUACUCCCCAUCACUACUUGGAUAUCAGACUUGGGCCAGGAGAGGAUCUGUUCGACAUUGCGCCCGUGGAAGAAGAUGGGCAUCGGGACGACGCCCCUGAAGAACAUGAUAUCAUCGCAGAGGCAUCUUAUCUAGCGACAAAUUUUGAUUUUCCAAUCCUUGAGCUUCUACCUGCUGAUAGCCUAAAAUAAUAAACAUUUUCAGAGGCCCAAGUAGCCCUUGUAACAAAAUACGCACACUAAACCUGUGUGAAGCUCUGGAUAAAUAAAAUUACCUUCGGGGAGCUCGUUCAACCUACUUGUGUAGCUUGAUAUGAAGGAUAAUUUUUUCUGUUGAACAGAAAUCAAAAGUGGACAAUACCACGCAAAUCAACGAUCUUGAGGCAAUGGCAAGAGCCUCUGAGAGACCAGA